AUGGAGACAUUUGGUCUGAGGAGGACUCAGUCCUUGAAGAGUCUCUCUGAGGUUCAGGAGAGGUCAUGGGUCAUGCCGGCCUCCACCCGCUGGGACAGGAAGUCAGUGUCUCAGCUGGUCCAACAGUAAGUCCUGUAUAAGAGACUCAGAGUAAACAUUCACAAUUCAAAUAUUAGAAAUCUUGCUGCUUGAUCACAAUAUAAACUGAUCAGUAUACUGGAGGGAGUAAAAUAUCAAUGGGUGAAAAUGAUGUUUUAUAGAUUGGUUGAUCUUGGUUUGACUCAAACAAAAAAAGAAAAAGUGGCAAAAAAUUAAACAAAAAGCAAAAAUGUCUAGAGAACAAAACAUGCAUUUUGUAUUAAAAAAGGAAGCAACAGCUCAUUUGGUCCCACCACUUUUCAACAGUGUUGAAAAAAAGAAACUGAAAUUUAAAAUUUAUUAUUUCAGUGAAAGCCAUUUUAAUUGGUAAUAUUCCAUUGAUCAUGUGUGUAACUUAUUUGUAAAAUGUAGAAAUUUGAGGGAAUUAAAAAACUGCAGACUUGUGUUUUUAUUAAUUCAGUUGUGUUUUGCAAGUAAACCCUAAAUUACAGCAAUGCAAUAACAGUUGAAACAUUUUAUUCACAAACCAUUUGAAGUUAUUAGUUUCCCCACAUUCAAGCAUCUAGUUUACAUUGAGGGGAAAAUUUGAGGGUUUAUUUCAGAUUAUCCAAACCUUUGUUUGAGAUGUAAAGUUUUAUGUCAAUAAAUGUGUCCCUACAGUUACCAAAGCUGUGCUGACCCAACCACUGUUGAAAAAGUGGAGCACAAACUUCAGGUAGUUCUUAUUUUUCAGUACUCUUUUUUAUCAACAUGAUGAACAUUAAAAAAAAACACAGUCUAAUAGCACAUCUGUGUCCCUCUGUGCUGUCAGGUGUCAGAGAGUCGUGCAGUGGAUGAUGGCUGGAGGUUUGAGAGCAGGGAGAGCAUGUCCAUGUGGGGGUCUGGAAGAAGAUCCAACCUGUCCAGGAGUCGCUCCAUGGACUUCCUCCCCCAGAAAGAGUCUCGAGGUACGAGAGCUCUAUGUGCUCUGUUUGAGUCCAAAGCCUCCCUGCAGCAGAGCUUCGUUAGUCCUCGACUCAACUCAGUGCCUGUUAUUGGCAGUAAAAUGGGGAGAGAGUUCCCCCUGCAGGACUGGAGAAGUCACAACACUCCUUCAAAGGACUCAACCAUCCAGGUGUGUGAAUUUAGUACAAAUCAUGAUUAAAGAUGUGAAUUUAGCAGGAUUUCUGUUUGUUGUUAAACCGAUUGUUUACUAUAGCUACUAGGAUUUAAUUUGUAUUGAUUGGUGCCAAUGCUAAAAGAUGUGCUUUUGUCAAGGCCUGUAUGAGGAUCUGUGUAAUAUCUUGUCUUGGCUAUAAACCAGUGAUAACAUUGUGCUGUGUUUAUGGCAUAGGUAAGCUGUUAUGUAAAUAUUUCUUGUAACAUGUAACUUGUUAGUCAUUCCAAAACACCACCACAGAGUGAUAUGUAGUGAUUUAAAAGACUCUAGUAUGAAGACAUUUUGCCAAAACUUACAAAAUACAAAUCCAGACCCCAGGAUAUAAAACAAACACAUUGUAUUCAUGUUACUACUUCAACAAAUUAAGAUUCAAAAUGCUGAAAAACAGCUGGAGAGACUCUAAUUCAGAUGGUCAUAUACAGUUAUUGUACUUUGGGAAAUACUUUAUCUUGGGGAAUUAAGAUAAUCUUUUUCUUUGACAUGUUGUCUUCCCAAAAACACUCUCGUAUUUCAACAGUCUUCAGUCUCAUUUAGGUCUGUACUGUAGUUACUUUGUUUGUUAGCUGAAAAAAGCUGUCUACUUUUGCUUGUAUUUGAUUCUCUAAUUUGAACCAUGUCACAUCAGUUAGUGUGGAGGUGGCAGACUUUAAUACUGUGCUUUAAUACUAUAGCCAGUCACCAUGAGGAGCUCUUAACUGCUCGGCUUUACUCUGGAUAGCUGUUGUUUUGUCUGGUAUUUUAUAGGUAGAGGACAAAAGCCAGCCUGUCUAUGUUAAAAGUUAGCAUCCACACUCACCUUGGAGAAUCUCUCUCUCACGUUUUCAGACAUUUUAUCUUUUAAAUCUAACCUGUUUAAACUUGUAUAUAUAAGAUUUUCAUAAAUAAUAAACUUUGCCAACCAUUUAGAAUAGAUAAAGUGGUUGAAAAGUUGUAUGACUUAUUUUCUGUUGGCUACAGUAGAUUACUUUGGUCAAACCAUUUUAGUGUUAAAAGUCGUUUGUUUGGACUUUGUUCUAAAAGUAGCUGGUACACUAGAAAUCCUCAGAAAGAUUUAAAUGCACUUAACCUUUAUCCAAAGAUGAGAGCCUUGGUUUCUGCUGCUUUGUUUCCCAAAAUGUUGAAUAAUUUCUUUUCAGUUCUUUUGUUUUUAAUCUCAGAUGGUCACUCUCACAAAUAUUGUGUUUUGACAUUAACUAAGAAAUACUUUGUUGUUUUUGUUUAUCUGUAGAAAAACACCCAGGUGGAUGGAGGACAUGUCAUGAAUGGACUGACCGAGUCUUACGACAGAUCAUCCAGAUACUCACAUGGUGAGCAGCAGGGCUAGAUUUCAUGCUUAGUCACUGGGAAUGAGGUGAACGGGGGUUGAUGCCAGGGUUUCCCCAAAGACAUGAGAUCACUGUUGUAUUUUGGUGCCAUGGCUCAUCAUCAGUUGUCCUCACUUUAUGGGACUGUCGAACACUCAGAUUUAAGACCACAGUCUUAAUCCCACUUUAAAUGUUGGUGCUUUUUCUGUCUUUCUUUAAAAUACUGGCUGAGCUCUUGAUUUAUCGGUGCUUCUUGAUACAUCUAGCAUAUUAGAUAACGCCAGAUUAAGUUACAGCUGAGCAAAAUCAUGAGUAUCAAAGCCUUUGGUCCUUGACAGACCAGGAUUUGGGAGUAUACAGCUAAAUAAAGACAAGGAUGAGGUGGUGUAAAAGCAUAACUAUGUGUUGGGAUUCUGUGCUUAAGAUAGGAGUGAGGUUGUCUUACUCUAUCCGUGACGCAGACCUUGGCCCUCUGAGCCCUGCCUCUCAGUGUCCUGUAAGUGAUAUGGCUGCAGCAUAUCGUAGCUGACGUUUUGAGCCUGUGAUGUGUCUGCUGUGAGUAAAACACAGGCGGGAACGAGAGCUGAUAAAUAAAGCAAGUGUCACUGCUAGGAAAUCAUAAAACAUAGAAAAUAAGCUGAAACUAUGGCUACAGAUCACAUUUUGUCUUGUUGGGACCCUUAGAACAAUCUGGCCACAUUUAUGUAAAACAAUUAGUCAACUUUUGUUUAAAAUAAAGAACAACUUCUUACACUUUACAACACACUAGGAUAAGGUUCUGGUCUUUGUUUCAGUUUGAUCGUAAUAUUACAGAAAAGUCUCCUCAUUAUCGCACAUAUGACCAAAAUAGGCCUUAUUUUUAUCAUAUUGUCCACCAGACAUCCACUGACACACAUACAGGUCCCACCCAGUGCCCGUUAUAGUGGGUGACAAUGUAUCUGUGGGAAUGGGAGGUGGAGGGGUCCCCCACCGACUAACAGAGCAGAUUGACUCAGCCGCCAGCCCACCCUCCCAAAAUAGCCAAAGUCUUCCUGCGGGGCAGUGGGCUCUGAUAAAAAUCAGCUGUCACCAAGGCCGCAGGACGAGAAAGAGAUCAGCCAGAGAGAAAGAGAGAGGAGACAAACUGUAUCACACAUCACAGAGGUCUGAAGAGACAGACAACAGGGAAGAGGAGAUAUACGAGGAGAGGACAGAGAACCACGCUGGAUGGUGAUUUAGUGAGUACCAUGAGGAAUAUGGAAUUGAUUUUUAUUAUAUUUUCAUAGGGGUAAUGCUGUUUCACAUAGUUACAGAGCAGGGGCUGAUAUAUCACAAAGAAAGUUAUAAAGUUAUCCAAUUUGCAGCUCAUGUCCCUACUGGGCCUUUUCAUAUUCACUGUACUCAAGUGAAAUAAACUGGUGUGACUAUAUAUCGAAUUUACAUUGGAAAUUACUGCAAAAACCACUCUCAGUAUCAUUUCAUAUCAAAGCUCUUUUAUUAGAAGACAUUCAAGGAUCAGCUCAAAAAAAAAACUUGAUUGGCUGCUACUUACUUUUUUUAUCAGCUUAAGUCUUCAGUACUGUUUCUAAUAUCAAGUGGAAGUAAGUUUGUCUGUUUGUAUUUCAUUAAAAAUCUCAGACACCAAAGUCCGAUUGAACAGAAGCAAUGUCUCAUUCUGUUUUUUGUUUUUUUGCAGUGUAGUAGUAAUUCUCGGCUUUAUGUAGUUUUCAUAGACUUUUUGAAAGAAUUAAAUCAUAGAAUAAAUUAGUAAAUGGAUAUCUUUGAGAAAAAAAAAACACUUAAAAAAGAUAUACCAUCAAGAUAUUUCCUCCUGACUGGGAUUAAAAAAAAUCGGUUGUGUCUAUGUGUCCUGGAUUGUCAUCAAGUCUUAAGUGGAUAUCAUAUUACAGCUGGGAAAUGUCUGGUAUGUGGGGGUCAAACAUUGCUCCUUUUUAUCAUCAAAUCAAAUAGGAUAUGUUCUAAAACUGAAGAGUUUGACUCAAAGCUGUAACUCAGAUGUAACUUCUUAUUCCAGUGCGAUGUGCUGUUCGUGGGUCUUAGGCCUUGCAGUCUUUCGACACACAGGUUUUCAUUACUGUCUGUGAAUGUGACGACAAUCUUUGACAGCUGAUGGUGGUGAAGGUGCUGGUAGUGAAGAACAAAUAGCAACUGCAUUUCACUAUCAUUUGUGCAGCUGCCCACGGCCCAGAACGCCCCCACAUUGCUGUGCUGCUAAUAGCUCCUCUUCAUUCCUGCAGAAUGAAGGUGGAUCAAAGAGCUGUCAGCGGAAAACCCUUUGAAAGUGUGGGAAUCACCGAGAAAGGAGUCCAUGAAGAUGAAUUUCUUUGCAUUGCUUUUGAUUUAGAAACAACCGGAUUUCUCUGAUUGAUAUUUUACUGGCAUUAGAUUUUUAUGUGUGAGUGUUCGGUGAUGACAAGUGAUGAAGUUGACCUCUCAGUUUGGGCAGUGAGGACUCGGUUGCCGCAUUCUGUCUGUUCAUCCAGCUAUGAAAAUGCUUUAAGUCCGGACUCGUGAGAGGCGCCAGCCUGCUGGUCCAUGCUAUUGUCCUGUGAGGGCUUAGCGCGUGAAAAGGCGAGGUGUGUGUUCAAAUCUGGACAUUAGUUACAGCUGGCUGGCCUCUGCACCACAUUGGAUUGUUGACCUCUGCCUAAAUUCACCAUGAAUUUGUUUUGAACUAUUUUCUUAACUUUAUAUCUGUAUCUCGUAAUCAAAAAGAUUAACUUUUCUGCUGGUUUAGUCUGAAUUUCUUUGCUUUUUAUGUCAAGCAGAACUGUUUGGCAGCAAAAAAACCCUCAGGGUGAAAUAUGUACUCCAAGGCCGAGAUCAUUUCCAUGUUUCUCUCAGGGUCAGGCUCUCACAUUCCUGCGGUCAGGUGUUGAUGGUUUGACAGCAGAGAGCUCACACAAACAAUGUGCAAACAAUCUGUGUGACUCCAGCUGAGCUAGCAGUUGCUGCUUUUUUUUUCCUUGGGCGUCAUGGUGGGUCCAUGGUAUGCAGUUUGGUGAAGGUCCCAGGCUGCAGGCAGGCUGUGUGGGCCUGUUUUUGGAUCAAAGCCUUGGUAAACAGACUGCUGCUUGUUACAAUAUUUGUCUUUACCACACAUGUAGGUUUAGUUAGAAUAGAAGCUACUAGAAUAAAUGCUCCAAAUCACCGUUGAGAAAUCAACACGGCAGAGUUGCUGGAAAUUAAAUAGUUUCCAAGAGUAACCAGUCAGCUGAAACAGUGAUAAGAAAGUUUCCAACUUCACUAUAAAUAAACACCAACAGCUCCGCUAUAAAUAGGCAUGCAGGGUGUUAUCAUUAAAGUACUGGAAACACUCUGCUUGAGCCCUACUUUUACAAGUAACACUGAUAUCAAUCAAAACUGGCAGCAGGGAUAACAAAGUGGUUAUAUGACCUCAGUCAUUGUUAUUGAUGAUGGGAGUUAAAUUUUAUACCAGUGAAGCAGAUCAGAUUUGACUCUGACCAGCAGUGAGUGCUGACUGUUUUGGCUCCUAAAUGGCUCUUCAACGUACAAUUACAAUCAGUACCACAUUAAAUAGAAAAAAAAAUACAUGAUUUGAGACAAGUCCGAAAUGUAUGAUUAAGUCCUCGAGAGUGGGGUGGGAUGGGGUGGGUAAUAAUGUCAUAAAUGUACAAAAACAAAGUUGUUAUUUUAGCUGAAAGUUUGCCAUAAGGGAAUAUUUUAGAAGAGCACCCAUCCACCUGCACUACAUUACAGACAUGGUGUAUCUGUGAAGUCAUACUAUAAUAUCUAGGUUUCAUACAUGACCUAGUGCUUAAUCUCUGAGCACAUUAGAGAUAUCAGGACCACAGAAAGAUUGUUGGAAAAAUUAAAUUAUAAUGCACUGUAGAUAAAUAAAUCCACUUCGAUAUGGUCAGGCGAAAAGGCAGUCCAAGCGUGCUUAUGUAACCACUGUGUGUCUUAAGCUUGUCAAUUUAACUUCACAAGAUAAUCAAUGCUCCUCACUCAAGUGCAAACUGCUCUCAUGAGAUCACCCUUUACAUUAUUUGACAAACAGAUCAAGCAUGGCAUCUACUUAUGACUUCUUUCUCAUAAAAUUACAACUUUUAUCAGAUAUAGGCUGUUCUUAAUCAUUUGUAUGUAUUAACCAGUGAGGGUAAAAGAAAGAAGGAAUCAUCCUUCAGGCAUUCUGUCCUUACUACAGUCGUUUGUCUUUGCAAAUGACCCAUCACUAUUUCUCCUAAACACAUUUUGUAACUGUCUCAGGUUGACUCAGUGUUGGAUUUCUUAACUGUUGCAGAGAUAUCAUUUCACAUUUCUGUUGUCUUCUCUGUUGCAGAUGACAAAUAUAAUCCAUUACUGACUCCGGGGGGCACCCCAUCAAGACAAAACAGAGACAGGAUAUCUCUAUCAUCGUCAGUGAGAGACAGAUCAGCUAUCUAUCUGUCAAAAGCAGCAGCCACAGACUCCACAGGAGGCUCCACACAGACUGUGAGUUCCUGACAUGCCUCUCAUUCCUGCACACACACUCAGAGGUCCAGGGCCUCAACACAGAAUGAGCACAAUGCUCUAAAACAAUAGAGGCAACUCAACAUUAAACAAUAAAUCCAUCAAAAGCUUUUGAUAUACACAGCUUCUACACAGAAGAUAAUGUGACUGUCUCAUAACUCAAACUGAACUCAUUCUCUCUCUCUCUCUCUCUCUCUCUCUCUCUCUCUUUUAAACAGGAAUUCAUUGGUACUCCAGUCACAAAGACUAAAACAACAACAACAAAGGUACUUAACAACCCUCACAGCAUCUUCUGCUUAAGAGUGUGUGUUUGCUGUGAAACUGACUCUUGCUCUGCUUGUAUGAUCCAGUUAACAUCUGCCUUCUAUUUACAUCACAUUAACAUAAAUAGAUUGAUAAAUGAACACAAAAUUAAGCAAACUGAUUUGUGUGCUGUAUCAUGUUGUUUGUUAAAAGCCCUGAGUUACAACCAACCAACAAUAAGCACAGAUUGAUUUUACCAAUGUUAAAUUUUGUACCAAACAUGUGGUAUCGGCAGCAAAGAAAACGUAUUCUUCACCUAGUUAUAAGAACCGCUAUUUUAAAAAUAAAAACUUUGCCGCUAUAAGUAUAGAUGUUAAAACUGGCCCACGUAUACUUAAUUCUAACAGUAAUGUCUGCUCUUGUGCCAUAUUUUGGACAUUUUGACUUCAAUCACUCUAACUAAAAAAAAAAAUCUGCUUAGACAAAGCAUGUCUUCCUGCUGUGAAACUGCUCAGACAGAAUAAACGGCGUGUGCAGCUAAGCCUCAAUGCCCUUUUAUGUAUCAACCAGAAAUCUCUUUGUUAUCAUGACAAUCUCAGUCAUGUCUGAUGUGUUUGUUAAAGUCCUCCCCUAACAGAUUCCAAGACUUUAAAAGAGGGAUAAUGUUUAUCCGACUCUGAUAGAUCUGUUAUUCCUACCAUCAGUAUAUGACAAGUGCAUAGGUGCGUGAAGUCUGCCUACUAACAGCUUUGAAGUGUUUUGAUAACCUUGGCGUGACACGAGAUGGUUUGCUGUGAAAAACAUCAUGGGAGCAUCAAGAAAAGGUAAAGUAUGGCUUCACUUGCUAAAAAGCAUGCAGUUCUAAUACUUGCACAUACAUCAUAUAACUCUACUCUUCAGUACCAAAACCUGAGUGUAUUACUCCCAUCUGUCUUUCAUUUAAAGAUGGCUGAGGCAGCCAGGAAAGUCACGGUGUCACCAUCAUCUCAUAAUGAAGACGACCUGCCUCCUCCUCCACCUCCUCCUGUACCACCAAGACCUCUUGACUAUGAAGGGCCAUCAGAGUUGGAUAGCCUUCCCGUGCCUCCACCCAAAGAAAUGUUCUCUGGGUUCUACCAACAGCGGCAGAAAAGCGAGCUGAAGAGGCUCUUCAAGCACAUCCACCCAGACCUACGAGCAAAUCUGGACGUUGCAGUUGAUGAUGAGAUACUGAGGGCAGUGCACUCGGAAAACCCAGAGGCAGCGGACACAGGAUAUCAGGGUGAAGUUCAAUCAAUGAGGUGGAUCUUUGAGAACUGGAAUCUGGAAAAUAUUGGGGAUCCUCAUGAAACCAAGAAGCUGAUGUAUGAGGAGGAGCUGAAAGGUGGAGAUGUUAGAAGCACCUCCUCUAUGUUUGAGCACUUUGACAGCACCCAGCAAAUAUCUGCCCAAAGACAGACCUCAGUCAGAGGAGAUGUGAGAACAUCAAUGUGGCUGUUCGAGACUCAGCCUUUGGAUUCUCUAAAUAAAUCAAACAGAGAAGAUGGUGAACUGGUAGAAGCAGUGCUAAAGGAGCCCAUCCAGACAGGGGAUGUACAAGGGGCUAGGCUCCUUUUUGAGUCUAAACCACUAAGUGAAUUAGGACGCUGCAACUCCAUCGAAGACCACAGUUUCCUCAAAUUAAAAUCUGAGCUUCAGGAGCAGAAAGGAGACAUCCAGAAGACCCUGAAACUCUUCCAGGCAGAUCCCUGCUGUGCCAUCAGAGACAAAAGUGGAAAUAUCCAUGAGAUUAAAUCCAUCUGCAGGGAGGAAAUCAACAGCAACAACAUCAGCACUGCCCGCUGGCUUUUUGAAACACAGCCUUUAGACCUGAUAAAUAAAGGAACUGAUGGGUUGAAAAUAAUCAGAGGUAUAUCUCUUGAAGAGGGCCAAAAAGGGGGAGUUGACCAGAAGAGGUGGAUGUUUGAAACUCAGUCAUUUGACACAAUACAAGAGGUUGUUGGAGAGGGAAAAUUUGAAGGGACAUUGACUGAAUGUGCAGAAGAGGCUGAUGUCCUCAACAAGAGGAAGCUCUUUGAAAUGCAACCAUUGGCAUCACUGAAAGGAGACUCUGAGGAAAAGUCUUUGGAAAAAGAAGAAGUCAUCGGAGGAGAUGUGAAGACUUCUCUUUGGCUUUUUGAAACUCAACCCAUGGAAGCCCUGAGUGACAGCUAUGAAGUUGGGCGUUUAAAGAAAAUCACCCUUUCAUCUGAAGAACAAGGAGAAGUUAAGGGCAAAACACAGAUGUUUGAGGGCACAAGUAUGCAAACACACACCUCAAUGAAGGAGCAAGAGAUUGUAAAGGGUGAUGUUAAGGGAUUCAAACAACUCUUUGAAACAAUUCCUCUGAGCAAAAUUACUCGCUCUGAUGAGGAACCAAUGGAGAAGGAAACAGCCGUUGAAGUAGGAAACGUAAAAGGCAACAAGGCAACAUUUGAGACAACUCCUUUAUAUGCAAUUAAAGACAGCUCUGGCAAUCUACACAAGGUCACAACAGUCAGCCGAGAAGAAGUGAUCAAAGGGAAGGUCCAAAACUUUAAAUGGAUGUUUGAGACCAAGCCCUUAGACAAGCUUGCAGAUGAAAAUGAAAAUGUUGAGGUCAUCAAAGGCAUCACGAGACAUGUGGAUACAAAGGGUGACGUCAAGACGGCAAAGUGGAUUUUUGAGACGCAGACAAUAGAUGGGAUCCAUUCCAAGUUCAACCAGAAUACCUCUGUUAAGGAGGAAAUCCACAAAGGUGCUGUCAAGACCUGUAAAUGGUUAUUUGAGACACAGCCAAUGGACAUUUUAUGUGACGUACCAGAAAAACGUGAGAAAGAAGCCAUCGACAGUGCUGAUGUGAAGUCCAUUACUUGGCUUUUUGAGUCUCAGCCUCUUGACUCCAUCAAAGAUGGUGAAGAAUACAAUCUGAAGCUUUGCAACACCAUUACGGAUUCUGUCAAAUCAGGGGUUGGUGUCCAAACAGUAAAACAUCUUUUUGAAACAGAAACCUUGGAUAGAGCAAGAAAAGGUGCAAAUCUUGAACGUGGUGUGAGACGUGUCAGCCAGAUCAACUUUCAGUCUGGAGAUGUCUCACGAGUCAAAGAACUCUUUGAAUCUCAGUCCCUCGAUGAAAUCGGAUCAGAAAUGGUGACAACAUCCGAUGAAAAGAACCAAGAUGAAAAACAGAUUGAAAAAGGCUCAGUACAUACAUUUACUUGGAUGUUUGAGAACUGCCCCAUGAACCAGAUAAACAAGGACAAAGAAGAUGAAAAUGUUCAGAAAGUUAGUGGUGCAGAGAGUGGUGAUGUCCAAAACAAAAAGUUUAUAUUUGAAACCUCCUCACUGGACAAAAUCCACGAACAACCCCUUGAAGAGAAUUCAGACUCCGUGGAACAGCCCAUAAGUAAUGUGGAUGUAAAGUCAAGCACCAUGAUGUUUGAGUCUCAGCCAUUGUACGCCAUCAGAGACAAAGAGGGCCAGUUUCAUGAAGUUACAACGGUGAAAAAAGAGGAGGUGAUGAGUGGUGAUGUAAGAGGAGCAAGAUGGAUGUUUGAGACAAAACCCCUUGAUGCUAUCAAAGCAGAAAAUGAGGUUUAUGUGAUCCGCGCUGUCACCCAAGAAGACAUCAAGAAAGGUGAUGUCAAAUCAGCAAGAUGGAAGUUUGAGACCCAACCUUUGGACUCCCUAACCAGUGCAGACACGCCCUCUGUCAGAGUCGUUGAAGACUUAGGAAACACUAAUGUUCAGCAGAAUAAACAAAUAUUUGAAUCUGAGCAGUCAAACAAGAAGUUUGUACGAAUGGUAAGCGUCACUGAUGUUCAGCAAGGUGAUGUCCGAACUUCCACCUGGCUCUUCGAAAAUCAAAGCAUUGACAGCCUGAAAGGGGAACCUCAGGAGGAAAGCCCAGUUAAAACAGUCCACAGAGAAGACAGUCAAAAAGGGGAUGUUAAGCGCUGCACGUGGCUGUUUGAAUCGCAGCCCCUGGACAAGAUCAAAGAGUCAGAGGGUACCUCAGCACAAGGUACUGAAGAGGAGAUACCAAAAGCUGAUGUGAAGUGUACCACCUGGCUCUUUGAGACCACUCCAUUAGACAAAAUCAUUGCCUGCACUGUUACUGACACUCUGUCCUAUCUGCACCAAAUGAGUUUUGUCCACUCAAGUGGCAUCAUAAUAGAAGCAAACGAGAGCAAGAAAGUUAACAUGGCAAAGUAUGUGCUUGAGAGUAAUCAAGGCGUGCAAAUCCAGAAAGAAGAUGUUGUUGGAGGUAACAUCAGGAACAUCAUGUUACAACUUAUAAUCAAACCAACCCUGAAGCCCCAAAUCAGUCUGCUCAGAGAGGUGGAGAAGGGUAAAGUCAAUGCCACAGUCGUCGAACUUCCAGUCUACCAGUCAUCCACAACUGUUACAGUGGAGAGGGAUCAAAGGAUACAAAGCAUUGUCCAGUUGGUUGAGGAAAUGCUUGUUCAAGAUAAAGGUUUGAAAAAGGGAAUUGUAAUGCAAGAGACUACAGAGGGGCGCGCUGAGAUGUUGGUCUAUUCACUGCUCUGCGAUAAUGAAACCAAGACUGACAGUCCUGUUAUUGAGAAAGGUGACGUUAAAUCUACAAUUGGGAGUCUUUUAGCUACAGCCAACAGUCAGAGGACUGCAGCAUCAUGUCGAGUAGACACAAAUGAAAAGGGAAAUGUGAAUUUGUACAAAAGUUGCAUUGAAAAGGGAGAUCUGCACUAUCUGAAAAGCCUUCAUGCUGAGGCAUCAGGAGAUGAAGUCGACCACAGUUUGGAUGAAGAGCACAUUGAAAUAAUUCAGGGGGAUGUGAAGGAAGCAAAGAGAAGUCUUUGUCAGCAAAGAGACCAAGUAGAGAGAACUGUUUCUGAUGUUCUGCCAGGGGAUGUUAAGAAUACCAAGAAGGUUUUCGCAUCAGAGUGCUCAUUCAAUAUUGAAAGCUGUGUCCCAAGGGAAGAAAUCAUACCUGGAGACGUGUCCUCAGCAAAGCAACAACUUGCAGAGAAGCAACCUGUCAUCGUAGAGAAAGAAGACAUUGUGGCAGGUGAUAUUAAGGCAACAAUGCAGUCACUGGAACGUGCCAAGCAGCAGAGCAUGUGUGUUGAGCGAGAGGUGAUUACACCUGGCACAAUCUAUGACAUGGAUUUGUCACCUGAAUGUCCUGAAGUAGAAAGCAGUCUCGCUCAAAAAGAGGUCAUUAUAUCUGGGGAUGUGAAGGCAGCCAAAAAAUCCCUGGAAAUGGCCAAGCAGCAAAGCAUGCAUAUGGAACGCGAAGUUGUUGUCCCAGGAAAAAUAUACAACCUGAAUGUCACAGCACAGGAGCAAAGCACCUCCUCAACGAGUCAAUCUACAUGUUCAUCUUCCUCAAGAACCCAGCAAAUCAAGACAAGCAAAUCAAAGGUCAGUGAUGCAGGGAAAGCUAGGGAAAGCUAUGUCUCAUGUGAGGCUGCUCAACAAAGUGCAGUCAUAGUUAGUAAUUGUGCACUAGAGUCACUGCCAUCUUUUGAAAGUUAUGAAUGUAAUGGUCAGACAACAGAAGAUGAGACAGAGGAAGUUAUCAGAGGAGAUGUGAAGGCAGCUAUCAGGUCUCUGCAGAGUGCUGCAACAGAGCAAAAGCUCUUAGAUAAAGAGGAUAUUGUAAGAGGUAAUGUCCAGUUGGCUCUGCAGUCUCUUGAGAAGUCCAGUGUAAAUGUAACCAAAGGUGACUAUAAAGCUGCAAUGAUAUAUAGGAAUUCAGGGAGGUCUUGUUCAGGAAGGAGCGAGACUGUUCACAAUCAGUGUGUUCUGGUGUCUAUGCCUCCAUCUGACACAAAACUGUCUCCUUCAAUUUCAGUAACCUAUGAAGGACAACCAACCAUUACAACACAGAAUUCAUCACCCAGCCCUGUAGCAAAUGGAUACUCUAAUUCAUCCAGCCCUGUGACUGUGUCUCCACCUCCAAUCCCCCAAAAGACAAGUGAAAAGAUGCAGGCUCAAAGGCCAGCUUUACCACGAAAACCACAAUGGACAAAAUCAGUAGUUGUGGAAGAACAGAAUACUUCACCUGAAGUCUCUGUGCCCAUUAAACACCACAUGAAAAACACAGUUACGCCACCAGAACAAGGCAAACCCUUUCAAAUGCCCACCUCUGAUAAACUACAAGAAACCAUGAAACACCCAGAGACCUUGCAGAAAACCUACCAACAAGACUAUGUUGAUGAAGUGGUGCAAAAGUCGAAUAAAAAAAUAGAUCAUCUACCAGUGGACUCCAAGAAAACAGUACCAUUUACAGCAAGCAGUUCAGACUGUCAAGGAAUGAUGUCUGGCUCUAAUGAAGUGCAAAUUGAGAGAAACGUCAUCCAGAAAAUCAAUGCAGCAGAGGAGAUACAAAUGUGUAUGAAGAGUUAUGCUGUAGAAGGUAAACAAGAUAUGAACAUGAGCUUACGGGCUGCUUUGCAGAAUUUUGAGAGAAAGGAAAGUCACACUACAGACAAAAGUACUCCCACAUUGCCCAAAAAGGUGAGAAUAACUAAUGGGGAUAUAAGUAAUCAGAAACAAAUCAACAAAGCUAACCCUGGACAAAAAUCACAAUCCACAGCACCAGAGAUACAGCACAGUACUUGUGAUGUGCAGCAAACCUGGCAAACCAAAAGUCCAGAUGAUAGAUUACAACAACAUGAUGUCAGUGAAAGGCAAACAAAUCUUGAGGAUAAAGUUGUGCUGAGAGAAAAGAAGGUAAAGGAAACAGAUGAUGAAAGAAGACAAAGACUCUCUGUACACAAGGACGAGAUCAUGAAAGGAAACGUUAAAGCAGCUAUGGAAAUCUUUGAAAAUCUGAGAAAACGAGAGGAACUUAAAGGUAUCUUGAGUCAAGUGCAAGAGAUAGAGGGUGAGACCAGCAAUGCAGACGCUUGCUCUUUGAAUAUGUUGUACAACAAUGUCCCUGCUUGGAUGGAAACAUCGAAACAGCGAAAAAAAACAGUGGAAAAGAAAGUUGAUGCCGAGCCACAGGACGAUGAUCUAGAGAGCAUCUCCUCAGUCGAAACUGCAUUCGAGGACCUGGAAAAGGCAAGCAAAGAAAUAAUAUACUUGAAGGAACAAACAUUGGCAAAACUCCUCGACAUUGAAGAGUCGAUUAAAAAAGCCUUGUACUCCGUGUCCAAUCUGAAGUCUGAGGCGGACAUUGCAGGGUUGUCAGGACUGUUUGAUGAGUCUUUGAAAACUGAGCAAAACUUUCACACGGCCUCCAACAUCAGGAAAAUAAGUAUUGUGUCAAGCAAGGCCAAAUCUGGGAAAAACAAAGAGAUUUCUGAGGUGCAAGUGGAUUCUGAUCCUAGUAAACCAGAACCACCCAGACAAGUGCAGAAUAAAGCACUCAUCAGACAGUCCUCUUCACAGUCUUCUCCUUCAUUCAUCUCCAUUCACUCAGCUGCCAGAAAGCCUGCAGAACAACCAAAGCCAACCAUGUCAACAUUUAAACCAGCAACAGACGGUAGUUCUCAUACUUUACCUAAAGAUCUGGAACAAGAGUCUGCUGCUGCUGCUGCCGUGUCCUCAAAAAACAGUCACAGCCCUCCACAACGCAAGGUCAGUGUGCUGGAGGUACAAACUGUCCCUGAGCAACCGGCAGGAAUUAUUGGCAGGAAGACUGUCAGUGAAACAUAUGAAGAGACUGAUGGCUUUGGCAAUGUAUUCCUUUCCUCUGUGACUUCAACGGUCGUCACCAAACAGUCUGACGCAAAUUCAUCAGCACUUUUUGAAGUAGUUGGAAGUCCAGCCAAAUAUGAAGUCAUGACAUCCCCGUCAGUCAAAAGAUCUGGUUGCCUGUUUCAAGAUAAAAUGUCAAGGAACCCCAAGGAGGAAGGGAAAGUGUUUGUUACAUUUAGCCAACCUAAGGAAAAGCAAUAGAUGACACCGAGGAAAGCCAAGUAUUGGAUUUUCGGGGAAACACUUAUUCCAUUUAUGUAUACUUAUUUCAUUAUGUUUUCAUGAAAAGGUUUUGUGAGUCAUAAAUUUAUAAAAUGAAUCAUGAAAUUGUUGACUUUUGAUUUUAAAAAAACUGUCUUAGAUUUUGUACUGUAACCACAUGUUUAAGUUUUAAGUUCUUUUUGCAAAAUUAAACAUAUAUCUGAUACUGUGUUAUGUUGUGUAAACUGUGAAAUAAAUAGAAAUGUAAAGGAUGUUACACUUUAAAUGGUCC